GUCGCGCAACCCGGCCCGCUCUCCUUCGGUUCAUUGGCCGGCGGGGCUGCCAGUCACGUGGCUCCCUUUUCCUCCACGGGAACAGGAAGCCAUUUCCCGCGAGCAGGUUAGGUUGUCAAGCAGUGGUUCGUAUAGUAACCGUGAAGGAGUGAGGCGGGUUUUUUUUUGUGUGUGAGGCUCGUUCAAUUGACGGUGGAUAAUUUAAAAUUAAAAUAUAGCCGGUAGGCGCAGUCGCUUGCGGUUAGGCUUAGCGGUAACUACGUUUCGGCUGCGAGUGUUGAAGGAGGAGAAGAGCUGUUCAGUUGUUUUAAAAUCCUCUUUCUCUUCCGCGCCAUGACUUCGGGAGGCGACUUCGGGAACCCGCUGCGGAAAUUCAAGCUGGUGUUCCUGGGCGAGCAGAGCGUUGGGAAGACAUCAUUGAUAACUAGGUUCAUGUAUGACAGCUUUGACAACACUUAUCAGGCAACCAUUGGAAUAGACUUUUUGUCAAAAACUAUGUAUUUGGAAGAUCGAACAGUGCGGUUGCAGUUAUGGGACACAGCAGGUCAGGAGCGCUUCAGGAGCUUGAUUCCUAGCUACAUUCGUGACUCUACUGUUGCAGUUGUUGUCUAUGAUAUCACAAAUGUAAACUCAUUCCAACAAACUACAAAAUGGAUCGAUGAUGUCCGAACAGAGAGAGGAAGUGAUGUUAUCAUUAUGUUAGUGGGAAAUAAGACAGACCUUGCAGAUAAAAGGCAAAUAACAACUGAAGAAGGUGAACAGAGAGCCAAAGACCUGAAUGUUCUGUUUAUUGAAACCAGUGCAAAGAUAGGCUACAAUGUCAAGCAGCUUUUCCGGCGUGUAGCUGCUGCCUUGCCUGGAAUGGAAAGCACACAGGAUAAGAGCAGGGAAGACAUGAUCGAUAUAAAACUGGAAAAGACCCAAGAACAACCAGUCAGUGAGGGAGGAUGCUCCUGCUAAUACUGGUUCUAUAGCCCACUGCUUAUUUGUCAUUGCCAUCCACCACAGUGUGAAUAUUGGCUAGUAAUCUUACCCUGUUGGUAAAGUAUUGCAAUUCAUCAUUGCUGGCUGUCUUGUAAUUGAUCUAUUAGCUUCACAAGCACAAAUGUGGAGAAAAUGUCAGUGUCUUCAUUGGAAAUAAAUACAAAAAAAAUGUAAUUGCCAAAACUCAACUUGCAUCAGUUUACUUUUAAUUGGAAGACACAUUUUGUUCUUUGCAUUGUAUAAUAUUGCACUUUUAAUGAUGGAACUCUGUAGCUGUUUAGUGUAAAGGACAGUUUAUGCAGAUAACAUCUGAAUGCUAAGUGGCUUUAUGACAGUGACUAUAAUAUCUGAGCAAUGAGACACCAGUGAAUUGGAUCUUUUUAAUUGCUUCUAAAUGAUAAGUUUCUCAACCUAAUCUGUUAACUAAAUGUCAAGUGUGCAAAGAGAACUAAAACAAAAUACAGCAAACAUCACUUGCAGUUUUACUGAAACUUGUUAGUGUUUUAAAACCCCCCAAAUCAUCAUGUUUAUGAAUUAAUUUUUCCCAUUCCUCUUCAGCACCAUCCGAGCCCAAUGUGUCCUUUUUUUCCUAAAUUUAGCCAUGAAUUAAGAUGGUGAUGGCCCCUCAGAUAUGCAUUUUCAAAUAAUUAUGCAUAAUUUCCAGAUAAAAGAAUUGUAUUAGAAAGGACAAAAAAAUAAUUGGAGACAAACCUUUGUGCUGCAUAGGUUGGAAAGUUCUCUUUACUCACUUGCACACAUUUUAAAAGUAGAAUGUCCUCUAGCAUACAGAGAUCUCUUUCAAUUGUGCAUUUGAAGGAAGGAAAGCAUUCACAUGCAGAACUUGUAAAAUUAUGUAUCUUUUAUUGAUUUUUGUUAUAGGGCUUCCAUAUUGUUUAGGGUUUUGCAAUUCUGCAUAGUUUGAUUUACCUACCUGGAAUAAUAUGAUUUAGCAUUUUUAUUUAAGAGGAUUGUUUAUCUCCCCUCUAAUUUAUUUCUGUGCUCCAGUUUUUAUUUUAAGUCUUUUAGAUAAGUGUCACUGAUUUAAUUAUUUUUGUCAUGUUAGGAUUUUCUGCAUAGAACACUAUAGCUUUAUCUUAUGGCUUUCUUUCCAAUCUAAACAUCAAAGCCUGUUUAGACUAACUGGUUGGGGGGGAUGGAGAAACUGUUUCUAGUUAAUGCUGUACACCACUUUUACUGUAUUUUUAUUGGAGAAAGUAAAACCAUAUGAAACUGUUGUGCCCUCCAGUUAGGAUUUUUUGCAUCCUUUAAGUGCCUACACCUCGUGCGUUGUUAAAGUAGGGCUGCAGGUAUAGUUGGUCUCACUGUUGCUAAGAACCAUAAUUCUGCCUUACUUUUGGUGUGGCAUUUACGGGCACAGAGAUUUCCUGGUCUUCACAAAACUUGACCAGUCUAUCAAACUUUGAAAUGUUGCCUGGAAAUGGCUACUUUUCCCCCUGCAUGCCAGAGCUGUAAUGUAUUGCAGAUUUUUUGCUUAUCCAUUUAGAUAACUAAUUAGUUCUUUGCUACUGAAAAUAUUGUAAGAUGGUGUGGCUUGGGUUCUUUAUAUAUGUUUGCCAUUUGUGAUCCUCAUUUUUCUUGGGAGUACAAGAAAAUAACACUAAAUGGAUUGCCCAUGCAUUUUUUUUUCUCCACGGUAUUUAAACAAUUAUUAAAGCUCAACUGGGGAAGUUGUCUGGCCAAACAAGAGCAUGCUGAUUUUUAUCAGAACUUCUUUAUACACUGACAAAACUAACAAGCUUGUGAACAAUUUUUUGGAGAGCAGCAUUUUUCUUUUAAUUAUGAAUGAAAAUUCUUUCACAAGCUGAGCUCUCAAGGCUUCUGUGGUGCAGUAGUGUGCAGUUUCAAUAGUACUGGUUUUUGAACAGAAUAUGGCUUACUUGGCUUGACUGUUGUACCCAUGCAACUGUAUAUUCAUUACUACUUUUGCGUAUGUCUUGUUACUAUGAUAACCCGAAGUUAAAAAAAGGAAAAUUUUGUCCUGGAAUAUCACUAGUACCUCAGCUCUGUUUGAUAAUGUAAAAUAAAAACCCAAAGCCUGAACAAAAUAAACACCUGCCUAUUCAAAGUA